AUGAAAACUAUAAACAAUUUUGUAAUAUUUGUUUUAUUUUUGCUUUGCCAACAAGCUUGCGGGUGGCCAUGGCCAAGAGUGACUGUCCGUAUUACCAACAAGCUAGGGGGCGGGCAAAGCAUGAACAUUCCCUGCAAAUCUGCAGACAAUGAUCUUGGCUUGCAAAUUCUGGCAGACGAUCAAGAAACUAGUUGGAGUUUCGACCCAAAUAUAUUUGGCAAACGACACGCUUUCAUUGCUUGGAGGUGUUUAAAUCAAUGUAAAUACGUGAUAAAAGAGAAUCAUCAAAACCAGUGGCAAGAAUAUCCUUUAACAACGUAG